AUGCUUGACGACCCUGUUGACGUCCAUGCGCCAGGAUUUGAUGGGAUGUUGCUGUUGGGGAUCAGCGACAAGGAUGCGCUCGUGCAAUUCGGCAGGGCCAACGCCAUCGACUACGUUGCGCUCAGCUUCACGCGCACGCCCGAUGACGUCACCGAGGCGCGCGCGUACCUGGACAGCGUGGGGCUGGAGGGUGCCAAGAUCAUUGCCAAGAUUGAGAACAAGGAGGGCCUGGUCAACUUCCUGGAGAUCGCCAACGCCGCGGACGCCAUCAUCCUGUCGCGGGGGUCCAUGGGCAACUGCCUCGACCCCGAGAAGAUGUUCCUCGCGCAGAAGAUGCUGCUCUCGUGCAACUAUGCUGGCCGGCCCGUGUUUGUGACGCGCGUGGUGGACACCAUGACCGACGCCCCGCGCCCGACCAGGCGCGCCGCCCGGGCCGCACCGGCUGAGGCCACUGACGUGGCCAACCUGGUGCUGGACGGCGCCGACGGCAUCGUCCUGGGCUCAGAGACGUUCAGGGGGAAGUUCCCGGUGGCGUCGGCUGAGACGGUGGUGGCCAUCGCUCGGCAGGCGGAGCACUCUUAUGACUCGUACAGGUACUACCAGUACGUCACAGAGCGCAUGGGCCUCAACACCCUGGAGACAGUCAUGCACGACAAGACCGAGGCCCUCGCGACUGCGGCGGUGCGCGCCGCGACCAAGCUGCGGGCGGCGCUCAUUAUCGUGUUCACUGUCACGGGCCGCACCGCGCGGCUGAUCGCCAAGUACCGCCCUGGGCAGCCCAUCCUCACGAUGGUGAUGCCGGCCGGCUGGACCCCAAACAAGCCCCUGGCCUCUGCAGACGACUACCAGUCAGCCAGCCACCUAGCGGCGGCGGCUGCAACGGACGCGGCGGGCGGCGGCAUCUCCGAGGCGGUGGCGGCGGCCGCGCGGCAGUGCCUGCACUACCGGGGCGUGCUGCCGGUGGCGGCGGGGGGCGGCGCGCGCGGCGCUCUCGCGGGCGACUCGGCGGCGCUGCACGAGGCCCUGCGAGUGGCGCACGAGCGCGGCCUCACGCGGCCAGGGGACCGGGUGGUGGUGUCCCAGUGCCCCCGCGUCCACCAGAAGCACGCGGACACCAUGCAGGAGCGCGGCGUGGUCAAGAUCCUGACCCUGGGCGCUGACGGCGUUGCGACGCGCGUCGCAAACGCAGUCCUUGACAAGGCCGGCCACGUGGUCGGGUCCGUCGAGGAGGACGAGACCGACCUGGUGUAG